CCAUUGAAGUGGUGACACGACAUUGUUGUGGAAUUUGCUAUUCGCGAAAAAGAACUCGUUUGCUGGUUGACGACGUCCAUUUGCGAACAGCCGAGGCACAGGUGACAGGGUACAAGACGGGUAUCAGUAAUCCGUUACGGCACGGUCCCCACUCCACAUAUAGACCAACCUCGUCAGCGAGAGAACUUCCAGAAGCGCUGCACCUAAAUCAGGUAAAGAAGCAUUCUCUCUCUCAUCUCCACAUUCUUCUUAUCAUUUCCCUCUUGGAGGAAAGAUACAGAUUGCAGAUAACAGCAAUCAAGCGAACCAAUACCAUGGCGUAUUCCGACAUCAAACUGGAAAUCAAGGGACAGGUUGGAGUUAUCAAGUUCAACCGUCCCAAAGCUCUCAAUUCCUUUGGAGGCAAUCUUAUCGAGAAUGUCAUAGACGCUCUGCGGGUGCUCAAUGACCACCCCGACACUGUCUUUACCGUCAUAACGGGAGAAGGACGGUUCUUUUCCGCGGGCGCCGAUGUCAAGGCAAUUUCAUCAGCAACUUCUGGACUUCCGCCGUACACAAAUGCCGGGGAAAAGAAAGUCUUUUUCUUGCAGAGAUUUGCUUAUGCCAUCGAACUCCUCCGCUCAAUGAUCGACCACAAAAAGGUCCUCGUUCUGGCUCUGAAUGGUCCGGGUGUUGGCGGUGGAGCCGCCUGGUUCCCUGGCAUCGCCGAUAUCGUUCUCGCCUCGUCGACGGCCUGGCUUCAAUGCCCCUUCAGCGCUCUAGCUCUCGUUCCAGAGAACGGAUCCGCGCUUUCUUUUGCCCAGCACAUUGGAAUACACCGUGCCAACGACUUCCUGAUGUUCGGCCGUAAGUUGUCCGCUGACGAGUUGCUUGCGGCUGGCAUGUACAACUAUGUGUGGGACAAGACAGGCGAUGAGUUCCAAGCGGAGGUGGCCAAGUUCCUCGAAGGCCAGUUGGCGGCCAACGAUGGGAAGAGCAUGAUUGAGAUGAAGAGGCUACAGAACUCGAGUAUCAGAGAUCAGAGGAUGGUGGCGGUUCUCAAUGCGGUAGAUGCGUUGGCUGAACGGUUUGUCGAGGAUGCUCCGCUGAAGAGGUUUGCGGAGAAGCGGGCGGAGAUGGAGAAGAAGAGUCAAGGAAGGUCAAAGAUCUAA